GUAAACGCUCCAUUAGUCCGUACAAAAAUAAGCAUUCGGAAGCAUAUAAUUAUUAUCUAGUUUUUAUUUUUAUCUUGUCGGAACAUAAACAAAAGAAAUAUUCAGAACGAUUUAAUAAAUCAAGUUCCAAAGUAAUAAUAUAAAAUACGUUUUUCUAGAGUACUGAGCUGUUAUCACUAUGUGUAAGUGAAAAUUGCUUUGUAUUUCGUAUAAAAUUAUCGUAAUUGUCUUCUCAGUUUUAUCUUCAUCUUAACUUAAUAUUUUUUUAUCGAAUGUUAUCGGGAUUAUUGUAAUUCUAGUGCUUGCUUCUCGUUAUUACAUAACUAACCGGUUAAAGGAUACAAAAAAUAAAAACGUCGUUAAUUAAGAUUAAAGUUCUUCAAAAUUUAUUGUCUCUACGUUUUAAGUUCUACGCCUAGAUUUUUUAUAUUUCGUACAGUUUUCUUGAAUAGAACUUUAUAUAUUUCUGUUUUUACUACAAUGAAUGAAAAUGUGCAACAAGUUUUGCCAUGGGCUGUCAGUGCUGCAGCUUUAGGUUAUGCAGUUUAUGCUACAAUUGCGAUUAUGAAAAGAAAAGGGAGAGUUAAUGAUAAAAUUGAUAUGGAUUGCAACAAGGUUGUUCAUUCUGUUGACAUUGAAGAUAUUGGAAAUAAGAAAGUAUUCUGUCGCUGUUGGAAGUCUAGCAAAUUUCCUUAUUGUGACGGCAGUCAUACUAAACAUAAUGAAGACACCGGAGACAAUCUAGGUCCUCUUAUUGUGAAGCAGAGAGAAUCCUAAUGUCUUUGCUUUUUUUUUUCAAUGUUAGUACAAUAAUUAAAUUUUUCACAUUUUAUUGGUGCCUAAAAUUAAGAUCUGCACUUAUAUGUGGCAUACAUGCCUGUUGAUGUCAAUGUUUUUGUUGUCAUAAAAGAUAAGACUUUUUGUUAGAACAAUAAAUUUUUGAGCAUUUA